AUGGCUGACAAAAAACCCGCUGUUCUAAUUAUCGGUGGCCUUGGCUUCAUCGGCCGUCAUCUGGCCCUUUACAUCCACGAAAACAACCUUGCCUCGGAAGUCCGUAUCGUUGACAAGGUCCUGCCCCAACUGGCUUGGUUGGCGCCCGAAUUCAAAGAGGCCUGCUCGCCGGAAAUAUUCGUCCAGGCCGAUGCCAGCCGUGAACAGCAUCUCCCGCGCGUCUUCGACCGUGCCAAUGGUGAACAAUUCGACUACGUGAUCAACUGCGGCGGCGAGACACGGCAUUCACAACCCGACGACGUCUACGAAGCGCGCUCCUGCGUACUCAGCGUCACCCUCGGCAAGGAGGCCGCUAAGCGUGGAAUCCCCGCCUACAUCGAAUGUUCGACCGCGCACGUUUACAAGAGCGGAUCUACGCCGCGCAAGGAAAAUGAUAAGCUCCAGCCAUGGCACAAUCUGGCCAAGUGGAAGCUGAAGGCUGCGGACAAGCUGCUCUCCAUCCCCGGUCUGCAGUACUGUGCGCUUCGUCUGCCCCACGUGUACGGCGAAUAUGACCCGGGUUACUUUGCUAUGGGUAUCUGUCUGGCGCGCGUGCACCUCGAAUUGAAGCAGGAUCUCGAGCUGCUCUUCUCCAAGGACGUCAAGGUGAACACUCUGCACGUCAAGGAUGCCGCCAGCGCGCUUUGGGCCACGGCCGAGUGGCGCGCCAGUAAGGGUCAGCUGGAGAAGUCCGACCCGUCUGUGACGGAGCUUUUUAAGGACGCCGAAAUGCCGUUCUCUUUUAACGUCGUCGAUCACAACGACACAAAGCAAGAACACGUCGCCAAGGCUUUGUCCGAAGUGUUCGGUCUCAAGGUCACAUUCACCGGUACCCUAAUCUCCCAGCUAGCCAAGAUGAACCUGGACGACGUUGUCGACGACAUGAACGAGGUCACCCUGCAGACAUGGGCUGAAUUAGUCGAGAAGGCCAAGAUCGAGCGGCCCGGCCCGAUUGGUCCGUUCGUGGAGCUCGACGUGCUCAAGGACCAGGAUAUGUCGAUCGACGGUUCGCUCUUUGAGAAGACAACAGGAUGGAAGCCCAAGUACGAGCGUCUCGACGCCGACAGCAUUCGCGAGAUGGUCGAGAGCUACAAGCGCAUGGGUUGGUGGCCCUGA